AUGAAAGUAGGACUUCUUAAAGGCCAGCCAUUGAACCAGUACAAACUCACUAAAUACACGUACGCCGCGUUAGCUGUCAUACUUCCUGGCGCAUUUGUAACGUCUUCUGAUCAGCACGCUUGGAGCAGGAGGUCGAACUGGAUAGGGUUUAUCGCGGUGGUGACAGACGAACGGAAAAAGGCGUUAGGGAGGAGAGACAUUCUUGUUGCAUGGAGAGGAACAGUUAACCCCUCGGAUAUGAUUCAUGAUUCUGAGCUCAAAUUUGUUUCGGCUCCAAUAAUAUUUUGGGAAAACCACAAGGAUGACCCAAAAGUACAUGAAGGAUGGUACUCAAUCUACACUACAAGGAUGACCCAAAAGUACCAUGGCUCGUAUGACUCACUACACUCCUAUAUUGGGCCAGUAACACCAAUCAAGGACCAAUACGACCCAUUAAUGAAAGUUUUUGACCUGUUAUUGUUUCACUCCUAA